AUGAAUAUCAACGAUUCCCAGUGGUCAAGAAAUUGUAGAAUCAUUCAUCUCAGAAUUUUAGAUAAAAUGCGCCCUAAACUCUUGGAUUACAGAUUCAGAGGUAACAAAAACUGUCACUUACGGCUCAAAGACGAUAAAAGUGGGGAAGAUAUAUUUAUAGAGCGGCCAUUGAGCAUAUCACGGACCAACUUGUCUAAAAAGAAUAUCCUGUAUAAACUUGUUCAGAUUUUGAUAUUCUUAAAUUUGCUCUGCACUUUUAAAAGAGCUUUUGGAAUAUUUGCUGCACCAUUGAAUGGCGAAGCUAACAAAGCUAAGAUGGGCUCCGCUUUCGAACCGCAAGAUAAAAUAUGUUCUAUGAGCAAUAUCGAAAACGAAAGAAGCUAUCAGCAUAUGCUCAAAACAUUGUUGGGCUUAGAUCUCGAUCAUUGGGGCUUUAAAAGCAAGUUCUAUACUGGUUUUAAAGUUCAUCGAGUGUACAGUUUUAGCAACAGAUUCGAUCAAGUUAAACGGAUCUUAAAAAUGUAUUACUGUAAAGAAGGAAAAGUUCAAUGGGGUGCUUCUGUUCCGCAAACUAAUGAAGUAAAUUGGGAUAGACCCAUUUGUGUUUAUGGUGGUGCUAAACCAAUGGUUGAAAAACCAGCAGGUCCCAAGGUAUUUAGAUUUCUGAAGAAAAAACAAAAUGGGUCUUCCUACAAUGGAACUUCGAUUAAAUAUCAAGCCCUUAGAGAUCUUGAUAAUUUCAACUGUUUCAAGUUGGCUAGACGUGAGUCGUAUGCACAGAGCUCUUUUUCGAUUUAUUUCCCCAAUAGCUGGAUAGGAGGCAUAUAUCUUUGUGACGUAUCUGCCGAAAACAAGAGGGGCAUCAUUAAAUCUCUGGACGACGAUCUAUCUUCUGAUGGGAUUUUUGAUAACAGCAUUUGUAAUAGAGAAAAUUCCAUACCAUUGCAACCAUUAAUUUCUGAUAGCUACCACAAACACUGGACAGAGUUGACUGAGAAAUCAUGGCUACCGGCUACCUUGAGGAAAAAGUUUGGGUGGAAAAUUGAUAAAGUAGUACCUUUCCUGUAUACUCCUAACGUGGGGAAAAGACUUUUCAACUUCACCGGUGAUGGCCACAAGAAUUUUAAUGUAAGUAGCGCAAUUGAGACGAAAAUGCCAUGGCCCUACCAAUUUUCACAAUUCAUCCAGCCCAAAAAUGGCAAGCAUCCUUGGUAUAGCGAAAUCGAGGUUCAAGAAAAGUAUACCUUUCCGAAGUCUGAUGUGAAGAAAUCACAGUCGUUAAUCGAAAAGGCUUUGCGGAAAGUAAGUGGAUUGUCAAAUUCUGGUUGGGGGAGAUCGAAUAUUCCAUGGAAUCUAGACAGGGAAUUAGCACACAACAGGAAAGUAUUAAAAAUAUUUGGUUGGGAUAUAAAUAAGGUGAUUUCUUCCAUUCGAAUGAAUAGAAAACUUUUGUUCAGAGGAAUGGACUUCGAAGAUGAGAUCAUAUCAGCAUCAGACUCACCCAUAGUUAGUGAGAGGUUACGUGAGUUGGAGAGCAUGUCACAAAGCAAUGAGAGUUCUUUAGAGUAA